GUUGGGGCCACAGACCGGAAUGUAGGACCCCAGCGUCUAAGACCAACCAGCAUUGGCAGUCUGACCAAGAGGAAGCCUCGUCCUGUAGGUGCAAGAGUACGCAAUGACAGCCCUGAGCGUGUGUGAGAGAGAGCAUAGGGAGAUUAGAUUGCAUGCGCGGCUGGAUCUGGGAGGAGUUGGACGGCAGAGAAACUGCGAGGAAGAAAACGGCCUUUGUUCUUGUCCACUUAAUUGGUCUGUGGAAAGCCAACUGCCUCAUGGUUCUCUUCCCUGUGCGCUGUCUUCUCAGAAGCUGGCCUCAUCAACAUAGGAAUCAAGACGAGGACUGACUGGUCACUUUUAGGAGUUUUCAAUCAUGGCCCACGUAAUGACAUUCAGAGAUGUGGCCGUAGACUUCUCUCCGGAGGAGUGGGAGUGUCUGAGCCUGGACCAGAAGAGUUUAUACCGAGAUGUCAUGCUGGAGAACUACAGCCACCUUGUCUCAGUGGGGCUUUGCAUUUAUCAACCGCAUGGGUUCCCUGUGCAGGAGAAAAAGCAAGAUGCCUGCAUGGAUUUGGGCAAUGAGCCUAACAGAUUUUGCCCAGCUACAGAUUCCGGGUGGCAGAUGAAGAAAGCCCUACGGACAAACAGCACGUGCGCAACUCGGUCGUCCCACUGGGAGGUCAUGGGAAUGGAGCCAAACCACGGGCUUGCAGCCUCGUGUCCUGCAGCUGACUGGGAAGGCAAAGGUCAGGAGCCACCACAAAGUGAGAAUCAGGAGGAAACUCUCCAGCAAAUGACACUCGCUUAUGACAAACGGCCCCUUCUGAAUCUGCUCACAGCUCUUAAUCAGUGUCCAAGACUGAAGCUAGCAGAGAAAGCAAAGGAAGUCAAAUCUGAAAAAUCCUUUAGUUGUGCACCAGAACCCGCUCAACUUCAGCUCAUUCACACAGGUGAGAAAUCUGAGGAAGAUAAAAAAUUCGGAAAGACCUUCCCAUCCGGCCCUAAGCUUACUCGCUACCGAGCAGUUCAGGAUGGCAAGAAGGCAUUUCAGUGUGACGAGUGUGGCAAGGCUUUCAGCUUCCGUUCUAGCCUCACUGGUCACAAGAGAAUUCAUACUGGGGAGAAGCCGUUCUCGUGUAAGGAGUGUGGGAAAGCCUUCAGAUUCCACUCGCUGCUCAGUGUCCACGUUCGGACUCACACUGGUGAGAAAUCUUAUGAGUGUAAGGAAUGUGGAAAGUACUUUAAUUACAGCUCAGACCUGACUCGACAUCACCGGAUCCACACGGGAGAAAAGCCCUAUCAGUGUAGGGAAUGUGGGAAAGCCUUCAGCUGUGGCUCGGAUCUGACUCGUCACGAGAGGAUCCACACCGGCGAGAAGCCCUACGAGUGUAAUGAGUGUGGAAAGGCCUUUAUCCAGCAGUCACAUCUCAUUAAACAUCAGAGAAUCCACACAGGUGAAAAGCCCUACGAGUGCAACAAAUGUGGGAAAACGUUUCAGUGGAAGUUAGUCCUCAGCAAGCAUCAUAGAAUCCACACAGGUGAAAAGCCCUACGAGUGCAACAAAUGUGGGAAAACGUUUCAGUGGAAGUUAGUCCUCAGCAAGCAUCAUAGAAUCCACACAGGUGAAAAGCCUUACGUAUGCAAGGAGUGUGGGAAAGCCUUCACUUGCGGGUCACAAUUAAGUCAACAUAGGAAGAUUCAUACUGGCGAUAAAUUGCAUAAAUGUAAAGAGUGUAAAAACUCCUUUAGUUUCGCCCUAGAUCAUACCCAGAGGCAGUUAAUUUAUAUUGGUGAGAAGUUCUUUGAAGAUAAGGAGAACGGGGAGGCCUUCUUUCCAGACGCAGAGUUUCCGCCGUGUGAGACAGUUCACACCGGUAAGAAACUGUACGAGUGUAAAGAGUGUGGCAAGGCUUUUAGUCUGCGCUCCAUCGUUAGUAGCCUUAAGAAAAUUCAUAACAGGGAAAAGCUUUUUAAAUGUAAGGACUGUGAAAAAGCCUUCCGUUGCCCCUCAGACCUCUCUCGACAUCAGAAGAUUCACACGGGCGAGAAGCCCUACAAGUGUAAGGAAUGUGGGAAGGGCUUCAUUUGCAGAUCCGACCUGGGCCGGCAUCAGAGAGUUCACACUGGUGUGAAGCCUUACGUGUGUAAGGAGUGUGGGAAAGCUUUCACUCGAGGGGCACACCUGACUCAGCAUCAGAAAAUUCAUAGUAAGAAAUCAGACGCGUUCAAUGAAGGAGAGAAGGCCUUUAGUUCUGGUUUGGAACACACUCCGCACUCCUUGAUUCCUACGGGCGAGAGACUCUGGGAAGGGAAGGAAUUCGGAGAGACCGUCCUUCGGGACCCAGAACGGACUCAACUUCAGACUGCUAAGACAGCGUAUGAGUGUAAGGAGAAGGGCAAGGACUUUAGUUGGCAUUCACAUGGUACAGACCUCAAGGCAAUUCAUAUUCGGGAGAAACGUUUUCAGUGCAAGGAAUGCCCAAAGGCCUUUCGAUACAGCUCAGAGCUGACCCGACAUCAGAGACUCCAUACUGGAGAAAAGCCGUAUAAAUGUCAGGAGUGCUGGAAGGCCUUUGCCUCUGCGUCAGACCUUGCCCGGCACCAGAGGAUUCACACUGGUGAGCGGCCCUACGAGUGUAAUGAAUGUGGGAAAGCCUUUAUUCAACAGUCACACCUCAUUAAACAUCAGAGAGUUCACAGUGCCGAGCAGUCCAAGGAUGUGAUGAGCGCAGAGAAGCCAUCACUUGGCAGUCCGAUGCUAUUAAACAUGAGGGAGUUCACACUGGUCAACAAUCUUAUAAAUUUAAGGAGUGUUGGAAAGAUUCUGCUCAUGGCUCAGCUCAAUCCGUGUCAGAAGAUUUAUACUGAUAAGAAAUUAAGUUAAGGUGGAGGGCUUGGAAAAGCCUAUUUCUGGGUCUCAAAUCUUACCCAGCACUAGAGUGUCCACAUUGGUGGGAAAUCUACAGCAGAUCUGGGGAAGCCUUUAGUUGUAACUCAAGUCUCUGUCCAUGUCAGUCCAUGGGUAGAGAAUCCUACAGUGUAAACAAUGUGGAGGCUUUCAUGGGUUCACAUCUUGCUCAAAGGGAGAAAAUUCAUGAGAGGGAACUGGAUAUAAGGAAUAUGGAAAGACCUUUCUUCAUGAUUCAAAAUUUAAUAGACACCUGUAAAAUCAUGCUGACUAAGAGAACUGAAUUCAAGGAAUUUGGAAACAUUUAUUCAUGAUUCUGCACUUAACUGAUAGUAAAUUCUCAAUAGGGACCUGAGAGAAUGUGGAAAUGCCCUUCAGGUUUACAGCUGUGGGGAGCAGAGCUUGGCAAGCAACCUGGCUAUCCCAGAACGAUAGAAAAGCUUUCAUCUUGGACUUGCCUCUCAUGACAGGAAGUUCAUGCUGGCACCGAGCCCCACAAAUGUACGAAGUGAUUUUAGUUACCAUGUCAGCUUGGGUCAACACCUGGAUAUGUAUACUUUUUCCUGUGGUGUGAAACCCUGAGCUGUGUGUGCUGAACACACCGUCUUGUUUCUCAGCUGCAUCCCCAGCCCUCACGUUUGAGGAAGCCCAUGAAGAUAAAUAUGUUGAGAUGUUUUUCUAAGAGCUUACACUUUUCACUGCUGUGUUAUCUUGCGACACAAAAAUAAGAAAAGCUAAUUUAUUUCUAACUCAUUGAGUUAAUUUCUCUUUUUUUUUCCUUUUUUCUUUUUCUUUUUCUUUUUUUUUUUUUUUAACGAGCUUUUGGCAAAAUAACGUGUUUGUCAUCCAAAGUCAUGAUAUGAUUGCUGUAAGUUUAGGAAAAACUCUAUUUAUGUAUGGUGAGGAUUCCUUAUAAGAGAAGUGACAUAUGGCUCUAUGGUAGAGUAUUUGCAGUGACAUGUAAAAGUAUAACAUAUGUGAGACAUGAUUUUUAUAUCUGUAUUACUUUCUAGGGAAACUUGGAAGUGCUUCUUUUUAAUACAACAUAAAAAGUUCAAAAGAAUUUUUUAAAAAUUCAGAAUUGCAUUUUAAAAGUUCUGUGAGGGCUGGGGAUGUGGUUCAGUGGGUAGAGCACUUGUUUGGCAGGCACGAAGCCCUGGGUCUGUUCUCCAGCUGCGUAACCAGGCUCUGUGGUAGAUGCCUCAGAUUCUAGUACUCAGAAGUCCGGGGUCAUGAUUGGACUACCUAGUGAAUUCAAGGCCAGCCAGGAACUCAUGGGACUGUCUCAAAGGAAAAAGAAAAUCAUGUCCCACUAAGGUUACCAGAGAUCCAUAAUAUAUAUUUAUAUAACGUGUACAUUCUGUGGGAGAGAAGAAAAUCCUGUGGAGGAUCUGUAGGCUUAUUUAGCAUAAUUCUUGUAUUUGAAAAGUUUCUGUUAUAAAGUGAAUGAAAAGUAACAGAAGAGGUGAGCCUGACAGCGAAAGAGAUGCUGCUGCUGGCUUCUUGUCUGAGUGUUUCUUAUGGGUGGAUGACAGUUCUGAAUGGUACAGAUGUAUGUACAGUCCUGAGUGCCAUACAAGUGCAGUCCCUGGUACCUCUCGUAGUACUAUGUGUUACGCAGUUGUGGGUAAGUGUACAUACAGGGCAGUGAAGUGUGUCUCGUGUGCAUGUCAUUCUGAAAUUAUUGUCAUCUAUGAACUUUACCACAGGGGAAUUUCAUCAUCUAUCUCUACUGUAAUAAAGCCAUAUUCAUUCAUGCU